GCUCGGCCAGAUGCCGCUGAAGCAGGCUCCAGCUGCAAAGUUAGAGUAUUCAAAAGAGUUUGGUUCAUUAAAUGUGCGAACAUUGUGAGCGCAUCCUUUGAGCUCUUGAUCAAUCGAGAUGUGCGGCAUUUUGGCCAUAUUCUCGCCGGACGGCCGAGCGAUCCAGGCGCAGAGCGUGCACAGCCUGCGGGAGCUGGCGUAUCGUCAGAGCGGCAAGCAAAGGCAUCGCGGUCCGGACGACACCGGCGUCCUGGUUAUAGCCGAGCAGGGCGUGGCUCUGGUGCACGAGCGUCUGGCUGUGAUCGGCGUGGAGACGGGUCACCAGCCGCUGCAGUCCCGCGACGGCAACAUCUCGCUGAUAGCCAACGGCGAGAUAUACAACUAUGUGGAGCUGGCCCGGCAGAUUGCCACACGGCUGCCCGGUUAUCAGCCGAAGAGCGACAGCAAUGUGAUCAUCGAGCUGUACGAGGAGCACGGCGCCGAGCUGCUGCAGCACAUCAGGGGCAUGUUCAGCUUUGUGCUGUACGAUCGCCGACGUCGGCAGCUGCUGGUGGCACGCGAUCCUCUGGGCAUCAUACCGCUCUAUAUGGGCCACGAUGCGGCGGGCAACAUCUGGUUCGCCUCGGAAAUGAAGUGCCUGACGGGCGUCUGCCAGCAGCUGGGCAUCUUUCCGCCCGGCCAUGUGGCCGCGGGCACUGUGGAGCAACUGCAGCAGCUGCAGCCGGUGCGCUAUUACAAGCCCAGCUGGAGACGUGUGAUGCCCACGCGGCAGGUGCAGCUGCAGGAGCUGCGUGCUCAGCUGGAGCUGGCCGUGCGCACGCAUCUGCAGUGUGAUGUGCCCUUCGGGGCGCUGCUGUCGGGCGGCGUGGACUCCAGCCUGAUAGCCGCCAUUGCGGCCAGGAUAAUGAGAGAACGGAAUGCCGGGCACAAGCUGCGCACCUUCUCGGUGGGCAUGCACGGCUCGCCGGACUUCGAGCAUGCGCACCUGGUGGCCCAGCACAUUGGCAGCCAGCACGAGGAGAUCGCGUUCAGUGUGGAGGACUGCCUGGACGGUGUGCGCGAUCUGAUCUAUCAUCUGGAGUCCUACGAUGUGGCCACCGUGCGCUGCAGUCUGCCCAUGUUCUAUCUGGCCAGGCACAUCAAGAGUACGGGCAUCAAGAUGAUACUCUCCGGCGAGGGCGCAGACGAAAUAUUUGGGGGCUAUUUGUACUUCCACAAGGCGCCCAACUAUGAGCAGUUCCACGAGGAGAUGGUCACACGCUGCGAGCAGCUGCAUGUCUCCGACAUACUGCGCGCCAACAAGGUGACCAUGUCCAAGGGCCUGGAGCUGCGCGUACCCUUCCUGGACACCAGCCUGGUGGAUCAUGUGAUGAGCAUACGGCCGCAGGACAAGAUACCGGGUCCACUGAACGAGUACCUGGGCCAGCGCAAGUGGCGCAUGGAGAAGUUCGUGCUGCGCCAGGCAUUCGCCGGCGACUAUCUGCCGGAUGCCGUGCUCUGGCGCCAGAAGGAGCAGUUCUCGGAUGGCGUCGGCUAUGCCCUCAUCGAUGCCUUGCCCGAGUUUGCGGCUCGCCAUGUCAGCGAUGCCCAGCUGCUGGCGGCGCAGGAACGCUUUCCCAUCAAUCCACCCAAGACCAAGGAGGCCUUCUACUAUCGCUGCAUCUUUGAGGAACAGUUUCCGGGCGAAGCAGCUGCCAACACCGUAGAGAAGUGGGCGCCACGUCUGGACUGGGGCUGUCCAGAGGAUCCCUCCGGACGAGCACAAACGGCACACGACCAGGCCUAUGGAAAGUGUUAGGUGCAGUAGGGGGGCGGGGGAGGACCCCUUAUUGGGUCAAUUGUGUCUCCUUCUGCAGUAGAUGUUUCUCGGGCUACAGGGUAUUUUAAUUGAUUACAUAAAAACAGAUCACAUUAUAUUUGUUGAUUGAACACGAAUUUAGCAUAAUUUUUAAAGAUUUUUGCACAAAAGUAUUAUUAGUAUCUAAUAAGCUUAAAAUAAAUUUGCUAUCGCAAAAUAUGUGAAUUUAUUCACAAUUUAUAAUGAAUAUUCACACGCGGAAAUUAAUUGAACUUGAACUUGCCAAGAUUCAAUUGAUUACAAAAUAUGUGCACAAUAAUAAUAGCAAUAGAAAAAAAUCAAUAAUUAAGUGCAAUCGGUUUAGCGCGCCA